AUGCCAGACCCAAAUUGCGUAUACAUCGAGGAGCUAUCGACCCUUUUCAGAGGACGUGCUGUCCAUAACCCUCGUCGCACACGCCUACAAUCUGGACGUGGCCUACGUUCCCCAAUCGACGUCGGCGACGUUGUAUACGACUGCGAGGGACAGCUUACCCGCCUAUUCAACUGCCUGAAGAGGCCCAGCGAACAGGAUGAAGACUCCAUUCUUCCGGAAAACUUCGAGAUGCUCUCUGUGACCCAACCCUACCUGCCGUCGCGCGAUCACCGCGAGGUCUUGACGCCCAUCACCAUCAAUGAAAGACUGAUCCAUGCCGGUCCGUACUUUUCGAAGGGAGUGCGGAGAUUAGAUGCCCAUUUGGGUGUAUCAGUAGCAUCGGCAGCCGGCCCCAGUUUCGGAUUCUCUACUCUCCACAAACAAGGCGCCAUUCUGAUUACCUCUGGAACCAUCCGCACUCGGGUAUCUCCCAACCGCCCUGCAUUCGAGCAGUACAUGGUCAAACACUUUGACGACUGGUGCUCACUUCUCUCGUCGAGGCAGCUCGAAGUCCAGCCCCAUAAUCUCAUGUUCGUCACAGCCGCCGACUACACCACCACUUGGUCAAACCUGGUAUACACGGAACACCAGCUUCAAGGCCAGUUCAGUAUCGAAGUUCCUUCGGUGUCUACUAUUGGAGGUCAGAUCUCUGUUGGCAUGGACGUUCAGCAUAAACAGUCGGAAACGAGAGACUGGGGUCCAAAUCCCGAGGAUCUAGAGCUGGAAAGGAGGUGUGCAGUUGUGAACGCAACUGAUGUUCCCACGUCUCUCACCGAUGACCAGGUCAUCUUCGUUCGUGGCUUACGAGGGAAGAGACGUCGACUUUUCAAGGGGUUCCAGAAGCUUGUUGGAGAAGGAGAACCCGGCGACGAAUACGACACCCAUCCCGGUGGAAACGGUGGGUCUGAGAUAACAACCGAAAGCCUCACCGAUUCGGCGCACAUGACGGACUUCCUAUCGCCGAUUUUGGAUCUCAUCCUCGAGAACACGAAUGCGGACUUAGCCCUUGUCCACGACGAAGACUACCAGCCUUACCUUCAGCACGUCCAGUCAGCUGACGAUCGACCUUGCGCAUUCACACGGUCUGAUGCCGCGAUGAAUGGUAUAGUAUAUGCGACUCUCAAGCACCCAGAGGGCGAAACGCCUUCUGUGAUCAAUCCCGAGGGAGAGACGUCUGAAUUGACCAACCUGAAUCUUCGAGAGCGGAACUCGCAAGGCAUCAGCACCGGGACCGCAUCUCGAUCACUGGAGCAGCACGCAGUCUCAACCCACGUCCCCACGAUUGGCAGGAUCGAACUCCACGACGCCGACCCAGCCGCCGACGUCUUUGGAAAACAGCUCCAAUCUGAGCGCAAGGAGAGCAUGGGAGGCAAGAACAUAGCUCUAAAGAUCCUCUUGCUAGGUCAGAGCGAGAGCGGCAAGAGCACACUGUUGAAACAGUUGCAGCUCGCAUAUGCGCCUUCCGCCUUCCGUGCAGAGCGGAUGGUAUGGCGCUUGGUGAUCUAUCUCAACCUAGUACAAUCCGUCCACCAGAUCCUCGAUACCAUCGCAAUAUCGCCAGACGUGGACGAGCCAGGGGCUAUGCCACAAACCGGACUGACAGACACAUCCCUUGCGCAACCGUCCACCGGUGCUGUACUAUCCGACGAGGAGUUUGCACAGAAAGGCGCCCAGUAUGCCGAACGCCUCGCGCCGCUGCUCGAUCUGGAACAACGCUUGAUUGCCAUGCUCGCAAAGGAUGACAAGCAUGAUGUGACGCCGUUGGGCGAUAGAUCCUCCCCAAGCCAGUCACAUGGUCCUUACGAUGGUCGACCUUCCCUGUCAGCGUCAGUGUCAGUCGAAACACGUAGCCCCGCCGUGCAAGGCGCGCGCGCGCCCAGCUCAUCAGGCUCGCAUCAAUCGCACGGAAAACUCGCGGCGGCGCGCCCGAAGUCGGAUUGGAAGAGCGUGCUUUCGCGUUCUCUCAACACAGUACGUUCCGCGGUUCUCAAUCACCCCAGGAGCGAUGUGGUCAAAGGCUCGCCACUCUUGCAUCCAUCGCACGGCGAGGUCGCGGUGCGCACGACGUCAAAUUGGAAGAAGUCACUCUCGCUAUCUCGUGCAGUAUCACGCCCCGCAGCCCCCGACCAACCCGGAGGCGGGGUUGUCGGAUGGUGGGAAACCCCGUCAGAUCCUGUGCAUGUUCUAGGCCAGUGCGCCCGCGACAUGUCCGCGCUUUGGGCGGAUCCUUGGGUUCGCACGCGCCUGGCGGCCCGACGAAUUCGCUUGGAAGAAAGUAGCGGAUUCUUCUUGGAUGAAAUUGACAGGAUCACUGCAAAGAAGUACAUACCCACGGACGAUGAUGCGCUCAAGGCAAGGCUCAAGACAACCGGAGUUGUCGAACACGCGAUCAUGGCAACAACGGGCCAGAGGAACAAGUCAAUUGAGUGGAAGAUCUUCGACGUCGGUGGCGAGCGCAGCCAGCGACAAGCAUGGGCGCCUUACUUCAUGGGCGUCAACGCGAUCAUCUUCCUCGCUCCUAUCUCUGCUUUUGAUCAGGCCCUUGCCGAGGAUACACGAGUGAACAGGCUAGAAGACAGCCUGUUGCUGUGGCGCUCAGUCGUCUCGAAUAAGCUUUUACGGGACGCCAAGCUCGUCAUAUUCUUGAACAAAUGCGAUCUGUUGAAGGCCAAGUUGGAGAGCGGCGUUCGACUGAAUCAGUACUUGGCCGUUUACGGCGACCGACCGAACGACUACGAUGCGGUUUCACGAUAUCUUCGCAAUAAGUUUGGUCUCCUUCAUCAGCAGUAUACGCCGAAUCCAAGCCGCGAGCUCUUCAUUCACCUUACAACAGUUACUGAUACUCGCCAGACGUCAGUCAUCAUCGCAAAGGUCCGCGACAUCAUUGUCCAAAAUAACCUCAAAGACUCGAGAAUGCUCGUCUAA